GAAGCUCCAACCACCACAAUUGCACCAACAACUACAACUGAAGCUCCAACCGCUCCAACCACCACAACUAUUGCACCAACAACAACUGAAACUCCAACCACAACAAAUGCACCACCAACAGCUGCAGCUAUCACCACAACAGCUAUCCCAACAUCUACAACUGAAGCUCCAACAACAACAAAUGCACCAACAACUACAACUGAAGCUCCAACCACAACUAGUUCCAACCACAACAAUUACAUCAACAAGUACAACUGA